AUGAGUGUGAAACAUUUAGCUGCUGGUAAAGUUCUGUUACUGGAAUCUCAUAUUGAUGUAAUUACAAAAUAAUUUAUUUUUAUAUUGUCGUUCUAUAGGAUCAAUUGCCCCGCCCACUGUACCUGGAAAAAUACGUUUGUAUAGCAUGAAAUUUUGUCCGUAUGCCCAAAGAAUUCAUUUAGUAUUGGACGCGAAACAUAUACCAUACGAUGUUGUAUAUGUAAAUUUAACAAAUAAACCCGAAUGGUUACUAGAGAAAAGUCCUUUGGGCAAAGUUCCUGUGAUAGAACUGAAAGAAGGAGAAACAUUGUAUGAAAGUCUAGUGAUUGCUGAAUAUCUGGAUGAUGCAUAUUCACAUAACAAACUUUACCCUAUUGAUCCUUUAGCCAAAGCUAAGGAUAAGCUAUUAAUUGGUAGAUUUAACUCUGUUAUAAAUACUAUGUACAAGUUAUUUGUCAGUACAUCUAUAGACCUUGAUGUAUUUGAUGAAGUCUUGUCAGAAUUGGAACUUUUUGAGAGGGAACUUGCAUCAAAAGGGACACCAUUCUUUAAUGGUAAUUCCCCUGGCAUGUUGGAUUUUAUGAUAUGGCCAUGGUGGGAAAGGUCUGAUGUAAUUAGAGUUCUACGUGGAGAUCAGUUUUCUAUACCACGUGAUAGAUUCAAAAGGCUGUUGGAAUGGAGAUCUGCCAUGAAAGAAAAUCCUGUCGUUCAAGCUAGUUAUUUAGAUACUGAAGUACAUGCCAAGUACAUGCGAAGUCGUCGUGCUGGAACGCCACAAUAUGAUUUAACUACUGAUUAA